UAUUUUGACGGGGCACCACAUUAGCUUGGUGGUGUAGCUUCUUUAGCUAAUAAUUUGAUGAAUAUUCGGCGAUAAGACGCCGUGGUUUUUGAUCAUCGAUGCCACUAAAGGAUCAAUCCAACUCGACCGUCGCCAUGAAACCAGCGGUGGACGAGAUGUUUCCUGAGGGCGCGGGGCCGUACGUUGAUCUGGAUGAGGCUGGGGGAAGCACAGGACUGCUGAUGGACCUGGCUGCCAAUGAAAAGGCAGUUCACUCAGACUUCUUUAAUGAUUUUGAGGAUCUGUUUGACGAUGAUGACAUCCAGUGACAGAGACGAACAUGUCCUCAGAGUAAUGAUGGAUGAUAUUCACACCACUUGACACCUCUUUUUUUGUGGAAAGCAAACCAACCAUUUACUGUCUAAUGACAUACAAUUUCCUUUCAUAGUUGUCCUAGUUUCAGGCUUUUUUUAAAACAUCCUUAAAAAGUCGUCACUGGCUCCAGAUGUUGUGAAAUUCUUUAGAUCCCAAGGAUUCCUUCAUAUGUGCUUAAAAUUAUGAGCUUGUAUCGUGCUCAUGUCUUCGACCGUUUCUUAACUGGAUUGCAGGUUUCAGUGUGCCGGAGAACACCUGUUAGGAGCGUAAUUAUACUUGUGAUAGGCAGAGGCUCCAUAUGCUGCUGCCUUUAAAUAUGCUGCAGAUGGCAUAUGAUGAAUGACAAUCUGGUAAAAUGGCUUCAAGUAUUUAUAUCACACUGUGUGAUAGUCACAUGUAUUCUGUUUUUAUCUGCAGUCUGUCCUGUUACGUCAUGACUUUGCACAUAGCUGUACAGUUGUUAAGGAUCCACACCUGUAUUUUUGUGGUCAAAAAUAAACAAAUAGCAUUUUGUAUUUAUUAAAGAA